AUGCCAUAUUACACUCAGGAUAAUGGCCAAGUCAAAGCUGCUAAUAAAGUCAUCAUAAAUUUAAUUAAGAAACAUGUGGGAAGAAAACCAAAAAAUUGGCAUCAGACUCUCGAUCAAAUUUUAUGGGCAUGUGGAACUUCCCCAAAAGAAGCAACAAACACUACACCUUUUCGUCUGACUUAUGGACACGAUGUUGUAUUACCUGUGGAAAUAUAUUUACAGUCGACAAGAAUUCAAAGACAAGUUGAUAUUCCAUCAGAUCAUUAUUGGAACAUGAUGAUUGAUGAAUUAGUCGACUUAUACGAAGAGAGGUUAAUAGCUCUGGAUAUAUUAAUUAGGCAAAAACAAAGAGUGGGUAAGGCUUAUAACAAAAGGGUAAAGGCAAAAGUGUUUGCAGUAAAUGACUAUGCUUGGAAAGUGAUUUUGCCUAUGGAUCAGAAAGAUAAAUCAUUAGGCAAAUGGUCACCAAAUUGGGAGGGACCAUUUAGAAUAUUGCGAAUAUUCACAGAUAAUGCUUACGAGAUUGAAGAAUUAGCUUCAGAUCAUCGAAUUAUGAAAGUAUUUGAAAAAAUAUAA